AUGCGGGCUUUUCAAAUUCUCUUUAUCUCUGUCGCUUUAGCAGCUGAAUUAAACACUACUUGUCCUCACUCAACUGAAUAUUUCGAUACAUCUUUAAUGGAAUGCGCUUCUUGCGGUACAAAUCAGGUCGCAACCUCAGAUGGUUUAGGCUGUGAAUGCUCCCCUGGCUACUCAAAAACUUCUGCGACCCGCGAUUACCCCGUUUUCGAAUGUGUCUCAUGUGGCUCCAGUGCCCCUGCUGAAAAUGACUAUCAAUGCAUAGCAUGCCCCUCCGGGAUCAGCACUUCAACUGGAGAUUGCCAAUGCUCAGCUGCAUCCUUACAAGUAAUAAAUGAAAUAAGUGCAGACGGCUCCUAUUUGCCAACAAAAGAGUGUGUUGCCUGUGCAACAAAUUAUUAUCCAGGUCCAGGAACUUAUAAAUGUGAGGGAUGCUCUGAUAUAACAGCAAUGACAAGAAAUUCUCAAACUUAUAAAUGCGAAUGUAUAAGCACUGGAUAUACGCAAUCAGGAGAUUAUUGCGUGUCUGCUGCACAGGCAGGUGCAUUGCCAAGUGGGCUGACUGGAGAAGACUCUUAUACUGUAGUUUAUAAUUAUGUUGAGUCCAAAUCAGGAAUUGGCACAGUCUCAUUAACCCAAAGCGAUACUUUUAGCUAUUUCUAUUUGCAUUCAGCUAGAGACUGCCAGAAUGGCUAUAUAAAAGCUUGCCAAGCCCUAGCAAACUUGUGUGUGCUACAGAUGUAUAACUUGAAGACCAAUGUUUGUCAGAUGUAUCAACAAUUGGGGAAAGGCAAAGAGCAGAUGCCUUCAGACUCAGGCUGGAUAAAAGAAGUAGGCUGGCUUUAUUAUGGAAGAACUGCAUCAAAUGUCCUUAAAGACAGCAGUGUAAAUAUAAAGGUUACUUUUGACACAGGUGACGAUACGAAGUUUCACAAGCUUACUUUUAAAGCUGCUCAAUAUAAACUCGAUGGCACUUUUCUAGGCUUUGAGACAUUAGCAGACCAACUAUUAAUUUGUCCUCACUCUUCACAGGACUCAAUCACAUAUAGAGAAUUUGGGACUAAUACAGAAUAUGACUGUAGUUUUGACUUAACUCCUUACUUAACCAGCGACGAAACUAUUUUUUAUGAUCCUUAUAUACUUAAUUCUGAUGGAAAUCUGAUAGAAGUUCCUGUUUUAAUAAAAAAUUUCAGAGAUAAGGAUGAUGCGUCCCCUAAUGAAGGGUCAAGCAAAUCCCAAUGGCAGCUAUUUAGAAGAUUUUUUAUAUAUGAUAACGUAAGUGGGAAGGUUGGUACCAAUGCCUACGCAAAUGGAGAAGUCACUAAUGUCCUCUCUUAUUUGAAAAGUGCAAAGCUAGUCGUUACAUUAAGAGCUGACCAUGAUGAAAUGAUAUAUAUUCCUUAUUUAGUUUUGGAGUACAGGCAAAGACAAUAUGAUUAUUUGCAAAGCAAUAAAAAAGCUUCUAUUGAUUUUGUAAGCGAAUAUACAAUGGAUACUACUGAUUACUGAAAAGUUACUGAAGGAGUUUAUAUUGCAGCAAAUGUGGUUGCAAUUGUCGCUUGGAUAACUCGGCUGUAUGUGUGGAGCAAAAAUAACCCAUCUAUACAUUCUAGAGAAACUUAUACACUUUGGAUACUUGGAAAAGCUUUGGUUUAUUUUAUUAGCACUUGGGCUUUUUUCAAUUUUUGGUUUAUUUUUGUAAGUUCUGCGUAUUGGUUUGUAUUUUAUAAAAUGCAGUAUCAAGUUUAUGUGCUGGUCCCACCGAAUAAUACAUGGCAUGAUAAUUAUUUGGCUUUUGAAAUUGUGUUUGGACUUGUGGUUUCUUGCCAACUGCUUACAGUUUUUGAUAUCAUUCGAAGCCAGUCUAAAAUUGAUAUUUUAUUUAUUGAUUGGGAAACUCCUAAUCGUGUAAUAAAGCCAGGGCAUGACGAAAUAAAUGCUCUCUAUAAUGAAGCAAGGCUUGAGAAUAUAAGCUCAGAUUACUACAAGUUAAGCACAAGUGCUUGAAGAUCUUUAUUUAUAGCUAAUGAGUUUAACGAACUGCAAGCAAAAAGAUAUAUUAACUUGGAAUUUACACUUAUUUUUAUGCUGUUCUUCUUAGGAGGCUUAGGAUGGGAGCAGCUUGGUGAUGCCAAGCCUAAUAUGCAUGUAAAUGUAAAUCAUGAAACAAAUAGUCCAACAAAUAUGGUUCUGCGCUUUUUUGUAGUAACUUUUGUAUUAUUAGUAAUUGGCUAUGCACAGUAUCUCAUAAAAAAAAUUUUCAGCCUUUGGUUCCCAACUGCCAUUCAAAAUUUUGUUGAUUUAUGCUCAGUCUCCAAUGUAUCUAUUUUCAUUCUUGAUCAAAGCUUGCAUGGAUAUUAUAUUCAUGGAGUUUCUCCAACAGGAAUGGCUGAUGUAGGCUUAAGCGACCUUAUCAAAGCUUUAUCCCAAGAAGAAGCUGGGAAAGCGAGGCCAAGGGGAAUUUUACCUGAAGAAUCGUCUGGGCUGCAGACAUACGAAAUUUAUAUCCCAUGAAAAAUGAGGCAAACUUAUGAUAAUUUAGGCACAGACCCUGUCGAAGCAGAAGUUGGGGAGUAUAAAAAAUCAAAAAUCCAAAGCCAAGCAUCUAAAUUGUGGGUCAAAACUCCUGCAAUUCCAAAGGAAAUUGAUUUUGAAAGACUGGAAGAUGUGAGAUCAGAGCUGAAUAAUAGGUUCAAAACUUAUAUAUCAACAGUUAUAAAGGACUGUAAAACGAAUAUUUUGAACAAAAGUGCUUUGCAGAGAUUUUUAAAUAUUCCACCAACUAGAAUGGAUACACUUGAAGGCUCACCAUUUUUUUAUAAAGACCCUGGGAUGAAUUUUGAAAGCAUAUUUUUUAUGGGAAAAGAGUUUUCAAUACUUUUAAUGGAUGUACUGGUUUUUAAUCUUAUUGACUUUCGACACAAUAAUCUUUAUUUAGCAGCAUUUAUCACAUAUAUUUUUUCGAAAAUGGUAUCAUAUGCAAGAGCAUCAUUAGGGGAAUAUAACUUGUCAAGAAAAACUUUGGUGGAUAAAAGGUUCUUGAUAUAA